GGCCCACUCGAGGUGGUACCGCCACCCAACCAUACAUGAAGGAGGAGAAGGAGAAGAUGGCCGCCAUGCUGCAGGAGAGGAAGGAGAAGGAGGCCAAGAAGAAGGCCUUGAAAGAGGAACAGGCGGCCAAACUAAAGAAGAUGGAAGAAGAGAUGGCCAGGGAGAAAGAGAGGUUGAAAAAGGAUGAAGAACAGAAGCAGAAGGAGGUGGAUGAAGAAGAGGAAGGACCGCCACUGCAAAAGAGUGGGCAGCACAGCGGCAGCAGCAGUGAUGAGAUGGAGAAGAAGAUUUCGGAGUGGGUCGCCAACUUAUCCCUGGGUGAGGAGGAAGAGGUUGCUAUGCCCCCAAGGAUGAGCAAGAAGCCGCCAUGAAGAAAUGGGAAGCAGAAUAAGAUGUUCUGACGCGGCGGGCGAUGGAGGAUGAAUAGAGGAUGGCGUGGAAGCUC